UUAGAAAUUAGAAUUUUUAUUGCAAGGUUUUUCCCAUCGGAGCACCCAGAACUCGGCGGGGAGCAUCAUAUAAAGAGAGCUGCCAACAACGAGUAGCCUCUGUGUCGCUCUCUCCAUCUUCGAGCUCCAUUCCCCGCUGCCAUACCUCGCCGGAAAGGUUACUUCACAGACCGUUAUCUAGCUGAAUCUCCAAACCGCAAGCAGCGUCGCCAUUUCCGAUCAUCAAGCUUCCAUGUGAAAACUUCCAUUAAUUCCAUAACUGACCGAUCUCCGACGGCAGCGCGGUUCGAUUAGUUGCUACUGCUUCGGAGACAUAGACUCGAAGAAACUAUGGCGCUCUCAGCUUCUGACCUUCCGGCGAUGUACUCGUUGCUCACCAAUUCGCUUAGCGGCGAUGAAAACUUGCGCAAACCGGCCGAGGCCGCCCUUUCUCAGUCCGAGAGCAGGCCUGGCUUCUGCUCUUGUCUUAUGGAAGUGAUAACAGCAAAGGACUUAGCGUCUCAGGUGGAUGUUCGUUUGAUGGCUUCCGUCUACUUCAAGAAUAGUAUUAAUCGGUAUUGGAGGAACAGACGGGAUUCCUUGGGAAUUAGCAGUGAGGAGAAAUUGCAUUUGAGACAAAAACUGUUGUCACACUUGAGAGAAGAAAAUUAUCAGAUAGCUCUUCUGUUGGCUGUGCUCAUCUCAAAAAUUGCUCGCAUUGAUUAUCCUAAAGAAUGGCCAGAGCUCUUUACAGUUCUUGCGCAACAACUUCAAUCAGCAGAUAUACUUACUUCCCACCGGAUUUUCAUGAUUCUCUUCCGAACGUUGAAGGAAUUGUCCACUAAAAGGCUUGCUUCAGAUCAGAGGAACUUUGCACAGAUAUCAUCCCAUUUCUUUGACUAUAGCUGGCAGCUUUGGCAGAGUGAUGUGCAGAACAUCUUGCAUGCUUUCUCUACACUUGAUCAGAGCAUUAGUUCAAAUGCUUCAGAGCAGCAUCAUGAUGAUCUUUAUGUAAUGUCUGAGCGAUGGUUGUUGUGUUUGAAAAUAUUACGUCAAUUAAUUAUUUGUGGUUUUUCAAGUGAUGCAAAAUGUACACAGGAAGUCCGACCAGUUAAAGAGGUCUCGCCAGUGUUUCUGAAUGCUAUUCGAUCAUUUCUUCCAUACUAUUCAUCUUUCCAUGGUCGGCAUCCAAAAUUUUGGGACUUCGUAAAGCGGGCGUGUACUAAAUUGAUGAAAGUUUUAGUUGCAGUUCAGGGCCGACAUCGUUAUUCCUUUGGCGAUAAAUGUGUCCUCCCACAUGUUAUGGGCUUUUGUUUAAUUAAGAUCAUAGAUUCCGAACAAGAUGCAAUUCCAUUUGAACAAUUUCUGAUUCAAUGUAUGGUAAUGGUGAAAUCUGUAUUGGAAUGUAAAGAAUACAAGCCAAGUCUUACUGGCCGUGUGAUGGAUGAAAAUGGUGUUACGCUGGAGCAGAUGAAGAAAAAAUUUUCCAAUGUUAUUGCUGGUACCCUUGCCUCAAUUUUGUCCAGUGAACGGGUAGUACACUUGUGUAACAUCUUGAUCAGAAGGUAUUUUGUUUUAACGGCAACCGAUUUGGAGGAAUGGUACCAGAACCCUGAGCUUUUUCACCAUGAGCAAGAUAUGGUUCAGUGGACAGAGAAACUGAGGCCAUGUGCUGAAGCCCUAUACAUAGUGUUGUUUGAAAACAAUAGCCAACUGCUAGGUCCUGUUGUGGUAUCCAUUCUUCAAGAAGCAAUGAAUGGUUGCCCAACUUCAGUAACUGAAAUCACUCCAGGUUUGCUUCUGAAAGAGGCUUCUUAUGGUGCUACUGUAUAUGUUCAUUAUGAGCUCUCAAACUACCUGAGCUUUAGAGAUUGGUUUAAUGGUGCCUUAUCCCUGGAGCUCACAAAUGAUCAUCCAAAUCUUCGCAUCAUUCAUCGGAAAGUUGCCCUGAUACUUGGGCAAUGGGUUUCUGAGAUUAAAGAUGACACAAAAAGACCUGUAUACUGUGCUUUGAUCAGAUUGCUCCAGGACAAGGACCUCGCAGUCAGGCUCGCUGCAUGUCGAUCGUUGUUCUUACUCAUAGAAGAUGCAAACUUUUCUGAGCAAGAUUUUACUGAUCUUCUGCCUGUCUGUUGGGAUUCAUGUUUUAAAUUGUUUGAGGAGGUCCAGGAAUUCGAUUCAAAGGUUCAGAUUAUGAAUUCAAUAUCUGUUCUUAUUGGGCGUGUUAAUGAAGUCAUUCCAUUUGCUAACAAGCUAGUGCAAUUUUUCCAGAAGGUCUGGGAGGAAUCUUCUGGUGAAAGCCUUCUGCGAAUUCAGCUUCUAAUUGCGCUACGGAACUUUGUGGUAUCACUUGGCUACCAGUCGCCCAUUUGCUACAGCAUGCUUUUGCCCAUUUUGAAAGGGGGCAUUGAUAUAAAUAACCCAGAUGAACUCAAUCUUUUGGAGGACAGUAUGGUGCUUUGGGAAGCUACACUUUCUUAUGCUCCUUCAAUGGUGCCUCAACUAUUAGGGUUCUUCCCAUGCCUAGUAGAGAUCAUUGAGAGAAGUUUUGAUCACUUGCAGGUUGCUGUCAAUAUCAUUGAGGAUUACAUAAUUCUGGGCGGAUCUGAGUUUCUGAGCAUGCAUACUUCUACCGUGGUUAAGCUCCUUGAUCUGAUUGUGGGAAAUGUCAAUGAUAGAGGACUUCUCUCAAUUCUCCCAGCCAUUGAACUUCUAAUACAGUGUUUCCCUGUGGAAAUUCCUCCAUUGAUCAGCAAUACUCUUCAGAAAUUAAUUGUCAUCUGUUUGAGUGGAGGAGAUGACUGUGAUCCUUCUAAGGCAGCUGUAAAAGCAUCUUCUGCAGCAAUUGUAGCUAGGAUUUUGGUCAUGAAUACCAAUUACCUAGCCCAAUUAACAUCGGAACCAUCACUUUCAUUACUCCUUCAAAGUGUGGGUUUCCAAAUUGAAGAAAAUGUACUUCUUUGCUUGGUUGACAUAUGGCUUGAUAAGGUUGACAAUGUAACUUCCACCCAAAGAAAGACAUUUGGUUUAGCCCUCUCUCUAAUUUUGACAUUAAGACUGCCUCAAGUCCUUGAUAAACUUGAUCAGAUUCUAAGUGUAUGUACCGGUGUAAUAUUGGGUGUAAAAGAUGAUUUAAGUGAGGAAGAGUCCAGUGGCGAUAACAUGAGUUCCAGCAGGUCUCACUGCGAGGGCACUGUCCCAAAUAAGGAGUUCAGAAUACGACAGAUCAAGUUUUCAGAUCCUAUCAACCAACUAUCAUUAGAGACCUCACUGAGAGAGAAUCUUCAAACAUGUGCUACCCUUCAUGGAGAAUCUUUUAAUUCAGCCAUUAAUAGAAUGCAUCCUUCUGCUCUUGCACAACUGAAGCAGGCACUGAAGAUGUCAUAGUUGGGUUUUCUACUGUUAGAUGGCAUUGCUGCAUUGUAACCUACGUCCAGGGUCCUUAAAUUCGUCAAACAUCCAAUAUUGGAGAAUAUACAGGGUGACAGUGAGGCUUCUAUGAUAUGAAUUGUGCUUUCCACAUUCUUUUGUUUUUUCCUUCUCCAAUUGUUUGGGCUGGUAUGGGUUUCAUUUUCAUCUUAUGUUUCCAAAUUUCUAGUUGUUUGUAAAUGCAUCCUCGGCAGCAAGAGAAUGUAAAUAGCAUUGAUCCUUUCUUGUCUUUGUAAUUAAGGCAUGGGGAUCGCAACACGAGUUCACUCACAGGUUUGUUUUAUUUCCCAAAUUAGAGUCACUUUUAUUUUUUUGGAGGGCGAGGGGAAAGAGAGAGGUGUUGGAGGUGGUGAACAAAGAAUGUAUCUACGUGAACAAUUUUCUACGAAAAUCAGUUAGAUACUGCUUUGUUGUUUUCA